UCCAUGAAUAAAGAUAUGUUAAUUAGGAGCUAUCCAGUCUAGAUUUUACAGGUAAAGUGGUUUAUUGGAUCAAAAAAUAAGUUAAGGGGCAUAAAUAUAAUUUAAUCAGUUUUUCGGGCGUUGACUAAAAAUUCUCGAAGAGCUAUAACAAUUUGGAGCUAGAUUUUCUGGGAAAAAAAAUCAGAAAAGCUUUGAGAGAAUCGAGCGCACUUCUUCAAUGGCGACCAAAGUUUACAUCGUGUACUACUCGAUGUACGGCCAUGUGGAGAAAUUAGCUCAAGAGAUUAGGAAAGGUGCUGCUUCUGUUGAUGGUGUUGAAGCCAAACUCUGGCAGGUACCUGAGACGCUCCAAGAAGAUGUGCUCUCUAAAAUGAGUGCACCACCAAAGAGCGAUGCUCCUAUUAUCACCCCAAAUGAGCUUGCUGAGGCUGAUGGAUUUGUCUUCGGCUUCCCAACAAGGUUUGGUAUGAUGGCUGCUCAGUUCAAGGCAUUCUUGGAUGCAACCGGCGGCCUUUGGAGGACUCAGCAACUCGCCGGUAAGCCAGCCGGAAUCUUCUACAGCACAGGGUCCCAAGGUGGUGGUCAAGAAACCACCGCAUUAACUGCCAUUACUCAGCUGGUUCAUCACGGGAUGAUCUUUGUUCCGAUUGGUUACACAUUUGGUGCCGGAAUGUUUGAGAUGGAGAAUGUGAAAGGUGGAAGCCCGUAUGGGGCAGGAACGUUUGCCGGAGAUGGGUCGAGACAGCCAACGGAACUGGAGCUGGAGCAAGCAUUUCACCAAGGGAAGUACAUAGCUGCCAUAAGUAAGAAGCUCAAGGGACCUGCUGCUACUUAGAGCUCUCUCAAAAAGAUAAUAUUUUGAUGCCUUGUUGGUGAAUUCCUACAAAUUGGCAUUUUGUGAUUUUUUCGCUUUGGAAUUAUCUAACACUGAAUGAGUUACUUCUGCUCAUGAGCAAAUAACACGCCAUUGCCUUGGUUUGUAACUUGUCCCACUUCUUUACUUGGUUUAAAGGGGAAACUCACUUGGUACGCUGUUUAGUGAAAACAUUGUUGCCCA